AUGGUCAGACUGCCACUGUCUGAAGGGCCAUAUCUUACAGAAGGUGCACAUACUCCCAAGGGCCACUCUUGCCCUGGAGAUCUUGGCCUUGGGGCCAAAGACGUUUCCAUUUCUGAUCUCCACGGGGAGGAGGGACUUAAGCCCAAGAGGGUCAGGCCUGGCCUGGGUCCCCAAACUCCCCCAACUCAUCCUAGCCCAGGCCUCAAUGAAGGAAACCCUGGUGGUGUUGCCCCAGGGCUUUCCAGAGAUGAGCCUCCCCAUCCCCAGCCUGUCCCCAUUCCCAGCCUACCAAAGAGUAUUCAUCCCUUCCAAUCCCUGACCCCAUGGGUUACUAUCCUAAUUGUGGAACCAUCAGACUGCUCCUCACCCUAUAGUGGGUCCCCUAAUCCAGCCACCCUUGCCCCUUGCUGGAGAAAGUCCAGAAACUAG